GUUAACACGGUCGUGCAGUUGGGCUCGAGACUCUUGUGCCGCCUAAUAACAAAACUCAUAAUAUUUUUUUUGUUAUUAAUUUUUUUUCGUGCAAAGGUGCAAGUUUAAACAGGAUUUAUAUAUCGUCUAUGUUUUUUUAUGUGCACAUGAGACGCUAAAGGCUAAAAGGACAAAGCACUAACCAACAAUGGCUAACGUUAGCAAUUGGAAUAAGUUUGUGCUGCUGCUGUGGAAGAACUGGAAAUUGCAAAAAAAUCACAAAGUACAGUUAUUUGUGGAGCUCUUUCUACCCGUUCUAUUCUCAUUGCUAUUGGUGCUCAUACGCACGCUAGUGAUUGCCGAAUCUGAACCGAUUACAACCUAUCCAGAGUUGAAUAUCGAUCUAAAAGUGUACAAAUUUACAAUCACACAUACGCGUCGUAUGAGCGCGUUAGCGUCCCUGCUACUCUCUAAGAAAAAAACGAGCGAGACUAAUAAGCUUGGAAAUCGUAUCCCCUUCUUUUGGUUGUACUACUCACCCCAAAAUGAUGUGCUCGAUAAGGUUGUGGGCGAAGCGGCGGCCAGCUUAGGAAUGCAGCUUUAUCAAGGCUAUAAGAACGCUGCUGAUCUGGAGAAUGCAAUGAUGGCCAAUAAUGCCUUUGCCGGCAUACAAUUCGAUCAGAGUUUGGCCACAGCUUACGAGUUGCCCAAACGUUUCGAUUUUGUGCUGCGUUUCCCAUCGGAGCUGCGCACCAAUACGUUGAGCAUUGAGCAAUCCUGGCUGACAAUGCGUCUGUUUCCAAGCUAUGCGCCCAAUGGACCGCGCAAUAAACGAGAGGAAGAUGGUGGUAUACCUGUGGGUUAUCUACGUGAGGGAUUUCUGGCCGUGCAGCAUGCCGUAAGCAUGGCCUAUCUACGACAGAUAUCAAAUAACUCCACCUUGCCCAGUGUAAAGCUGCAGCGUUAUCCAUAUCCAUCCUAUAUAGAUGAUCCAUUGCUGCAAGGACUUGGCAGCAUAAUGUCGCUGAUCAUCCUGCUCUGCUUUAUGUAUCCCUGCACAUAUAUAGUUAAGUAUGUAACCACCGAAAAGGAGUUCCAGCUGAAGGAAGUAAUGAAGAUUAUGGGAUUGAGCAAUUGGCUACAUUGGACCGCUUGGUUCGUCAAGUCCUUCAUCACACUCACUAUCUCCGCCAUUAUGAUAACCACCAUGAUGAAAAUACCCUGGGUGAAUAAUGUCUCUGUGCUCACCCAUACGGAUUUCACCGUGCUGGUCUUCUUCUUCAUUGUGUACAACAUUGCCAUGAUAUGUUUCUGCUUUAUGCUCGCUACGUUCUUCUCCAAGGCCAGCACAGCGGCUGCAGUCAGUGGCAUUAUACUCUUCGUUGGCUAUAUACCCUAUACAUUCACCUAUAAUACCUAUGCGGAUAUGUCGCUGGGUUCGAAGCUUGGCUGGAGUCUGUCGGCCAACACUGCCAUGGGCUUUGGCUUUCAGCUUAUCUUGGCCUUUGAAGCCACCGGCGAGGGACUGCAGUGGAGCAAUCUGUUUAGUCCCGUCAACGUAGACGACAACUUCACCGUGGGCUAUAUCAUUGUCAUGAUGCUGAUUUCAGCCGUCAUCUAUAUGCUUAUCUGUCUAUAUGUCGAACAAAUAUUUCCUGGAGAUUUUGGUGUGCCACGCAAAUGGAAUUUUAUCUUUAUGCGCAGCUUUUGGUGUGGACAAAGCGACUAUAUGGGUGUUGAGGACAGCUCCAACUCCAAUGGCAUUCAGCACCGUCGCGAUCCCAACGCAUUCGAAGCUGAACCCGAGGGCAAGAACAUUGGCCUGCAAAUACGCAAUUUAAAGAAAAGAUUCGGUGAUAAGAUGGCUGUCAAUGGCAUGUCCAUAAAUAUGUUUGAGGAUGAAAUAACGGUGCUGCUGGGACACAACGGCGCCGGCAAAACCACCACCAUAUCCAUGCUCACAGGCAUGUUCCCACCAACUGCCGGCACUGCCAUCAUCAAUGGCAGCGAUAUACGCACCAACAUCGAUGGCGCUCGCAUGUCCAUGGGCAUUUGUCCGCAGCACAAUGUGCUCUUUGGCGAUAUGAGUGUCUCCGAUCAUUUGCGCUUCUUCAGUCGCAUGAAGGGACUGACAGGUGCAGCGGUGGAGAAGGAGGUGGAAAAGUAUAUUAAGCUAAUUGAGCUGGAGAACAAAGCGAAUGUUAUGUCAUCGAAGCUAUCCGGCGGCAUGAAGCGCAAGCUUUCAGUUUGUUGUGCGCUCUGUGGCGAUGCCAAGGUGGUGCUAUGCGAUGAGCCCAGCUCGGGCAUGGAUCCAGCGGCUAGGCGACAAAUGUGGGAUCUGUUGCAGCAGGAGAAAAUUGGACGCACUUUGCUGCUGACUACACAUUUUAUGGAUGAGGCUGAUGUGCUGGGCGAUCGCAUUGCCAUAAUGUGCGAUGGUGAGCUCAAUUGCUAUGGUACUUCAUUCUUUCUAAAGAAGCAAUAUGGCUCGGGUUAUAGAUUGAUAUGCGUAAAGCGUGAGAACUGUGAACCUGCUGAGGUGACAGCGCUACUAAAUCUCUAUGUACCAGGCAUACAGCCGGACAGCGAUAUUGGCGCUGAGCUAAGCUACAAGCUACCUGACAGUUACUCAUCGCAGUUUGAGAAAAUGUUUGGCGAGCUGGAGCAGCGCGCCGAGGAAGUGAACUUGGAUGGCUAUGGCGUGGGCAUAACCUCGCUGGAGGAGGUCUUUAUGAAAGUGGGCGCUGAAAAGGCGAGCAAUGGUGAGCGCAAGCAGCAGAGCGCUAUAAUGAAUGGCGGCACUGGUUAUAACGAUGAGGACAAUGAGUCUAUACAAUCCGAUGGCGUCUUUUCGGAGCAUCGUCGCUUGCUUAGCGGCAUGAAGCUUUGGACGAAUCAAUGGCAUGCCAUGCUGCUAAAGAAACUGCUCUACACGUGGCGCAACAAGCUGCUCUUUGUCAUACAGAAUCUGAUACCCAUUUUCAUUGUAUGUGUAACUAUACUGAGUGCCCGAAAUUACGGCACAUUCCAAGCGCUGCCGCCCAUUGACAUUAGUCUGCAGCAGUAUCCAGAGGCAGUUACUAUACUGGAUCUAGCCAAUGUUGGCAACGAUACUACAACCUUAAGCAUUGCCAAAGAGUAUGAGCUGCUGGCCAAGUCGUUUGGACCCAAGUACAGCCUGCAGCAGACGGGCGCUAUAGGCUUUGAGGAGUAUAUUCUGGAGCUGGGCAAGAGCAUACAAGUGCGCAUUAAUUCGCGUUAUUUGGCUGCUGCCAGCAUUGCUGAUAAUGGUAUCAUCGCCUGGCUGAACAAUCAGCCGCUGCAUACGGCGCCGCUGACGCUUAAUCUAGUGCACAAUGCUUUGGCGCGUGCGCUGAUCGGAACAGAUGCUCAUGUGGGCGUCACCAAUUGGCCGCUGCCGUAUACCACAAGCACGCUCUUUGCCAAUCUGAAUCUGGGCAAGAGUCUGGGCACACAGCUGGCCACCAACAUUUGCUUCUGCAUGUGCUUUGUAAGCGCUUUUUAUAUUAUCUUUCCGGUCAAGGAGCGCGAGUCGCGUGCCAAGCUGCUGCAGUUCGUCAGCGGCGUGCGUGUGUUCACAUUUUGGUUUACGCAAGUGCUUUGGGAUAUUUGCACCAUGACAUUGACGGCGCUGGUGGUCAUUGUGACCAUUGCCUGCUUCCAGGAGGAUGGCUUCAGCAGUUUGGCAGAGCUGUCGCGCUACUUUUUGUUAAUCUUCAUCUUUGGCUGCUCGGUGCUGCCGUUCACCUAUAUUGCCUCCUUAUUCUGCAAGGAACCAGCCACAGGCUUUGCACGCGUCUCCACUUUGAAUCUGUUUGCUGGCAUGGCGCUCUUUAUUGUCGUUAUGGUUAUGAAGAUUGAUGUGUUUGAUACGAACAAAACAGCCGAUUUGCUUAGCUGGAUUUUCCGCGCUUUUCCGCACUUUUCGCUGGCGCUGGGACUGAACAAGGCCUACGUCAAUGUUGCCUCACGCAGCGCCUGCGAAAAAGUGAGCAUGCUGCCGCCCAUACUGCUCUGCGAGCUGGUGCCCCAAUGCUGUGAUCUGAAGCCCUACUUUGCUUGGGAGGAGCCUGGUGUGCUGCCUGAAAUUCUUUACAUGACCCUCACUGCAAUUAUCUUCUUUUCUUUUCUUAUAAUACGCGAAUUUGGUUUAAUUAGUGAGCUUAGCUAUAUGCUCAAAAGUAAAUUUAGCAAACCACCGCCAGCACCAGUUGAUAGUUCCAUUGAUGAUGAUGUCGAUGCCGAGCGUCGACGCAUACUCAACAUGAAUCACCAUGAGCUGCAUGCCAAGAAUCUUGUGCUGGAUCGCGUUACCAAGUACUAUGGCAAAUUUCUAGCUGUCAAUCAAGUGUCGCUUUGUGUGCAAGGCGCUGAGUGCUUUGGACUGCUGGGCGUCAAUGGAGCAGGCAAGACCACAACCUUCAAAAUGAUGACAGGCGAUGAGCGCAUUAGCUCCGGCACUGCCUAUGUGCAGGGCUUGAAUCUAAAGUCGGAUAUGAAUACAGUUUACAAGCGCGUUGGCUACUGUCCGCAGUUUGAUGCGCUGCUGGAGGAUUUGACUGGACGUGAGAUGCUGCGAAUAUUCUGUUUGCUGCGCGGCGUGCAGGCAAUGCGCAUUAAUCAAUUGUCAGAGGAUCUAGCCAGAUCGUUUGGCUUCAUGAAGCAUCUGGACAAGCCCACAAAAACUUACAGUGGCGGCAAUAAGCGCAAGCUGAGCACAGCUAUUGCAGUGUUGGGCACACCGUCUGUCAUUUACUUGGAUGAGCCCACCACGGGCAUGGAUCCGGCAGCGCGACGCCAGCUGUGGAACAUGGUGUGUCGCAUACGUGAUGCGGGCAAGAGCAUUGUGCUCACCUCGCACAGCAUGGAGGAGUGCGAGGCACUAUGCACGCGUCUGGCCAUUAUGGUGAAUGGUGAAUUCAAGUGUAUUGGGCCAACACAGCAUCUGAAGAAUAAGUUCUCCAAGGGUCUCAUACUCAAGAUCAAAGUGCGACGCAAUGCAAAACACUUGCGCAACAACAGCAGCUUUUCACGACAUGCGGAUGAGGUGCCAGUGGCUGUGCAAUUAGCCGAUCAGAAUAUUAAUAGAGUAAAGGAGUUUGUGCUGGACAAAUUUCCAGAGGCUAUACUGCAGGAAGAGUAUCAGGGCAUGUUGACCUUCUAUGUGCCAUUAACUGGCAUCAAGUGGUCCGAAAUCUUUGGCCUUAUGGAGCGCAAUCGUGAGCAGCUAAAUGUUGAGGACUAUGCCAUUAGCCAGACAACGCUGGAGGAAAUAUUUUUAGAGUUUGCCAAGUAUCAGCGCGAAGAUACACGCGACACGAAAAUGACUAGGGUAAGCAAUUGGAGUAAAUUUCUGCUGUUGCUUUGGAAGAACUGGACGCUGCAAAGGAAUCACAAAAUACGUUUCUGCGUGGAGCUUUUACUGCCAGCGAUAUUUUCAUUAUUAUUGGUGCUAGUUCGAUCGCUAGUGGCAACGGAAAAUAAGGAGAGUGUGCAAUUUUCGCCAUUGGAAUUGAAUACAUUGGAGGUGUACAGAGAUAACAUAAAAAGUUCACGCAUGAUCGAAUCAUUCAUUUCACGAUUUAUUGCAAAAGAAAGCGAAGCGCGCGAAACAACUUUUCCCGCUCUAGCGCUGUACUAUUCGCCCAAGAGUAAAUUACUGGAUGAGCUUGUAGCUGAGGUAGUCGAAACAUUGAAUAUGAGCACAUAUCAGGGCUACGAAACAUCGCAGGAUCUAACACAGGCGCUGAUUGUGGACAAUGCGUUGGCGGGCAUACAAUUCGAUAGCGAUAUGGCCGAUGCUAGCGAAUUGCCAAAUCGCUUUGAGUUUACGCUGCGUUUUCCCUCAGCGCUGCGUACGGCCAAGUUCAAAAUAGGCAUGUCCUGGCUUACAUUAAGGCUGUUUCCGCAGCUGCUAACAACAGGACCACGCAAUCCGGACGAUCCUGAUGGUGGUGUACCGGGUGCUUAUUUACGCGAGGGAUUUCUGCCCAUACAACAUGCACUGAGCAUGGCCUAUUUACGCCGAAAAUCGAAUAAUGCUAAGCUGCCCAAAGUGCUGCUGCAGCGUUAUCCAUAUCCAAAAUAUAUAUACGAUCCGCUGCUGCAGGGACUGUCUAGUUUUAUAUCCAUGAUUAUAUUGCUAAGUUUUCUGUAUCCCUGUUCGAAUAUUACCCGAUAUGUUACCACUGAAAAGGAGCGACAGCUAAAGGAAGUUAUGAAAAUUAUGGGCUUGAGCAAUUGGCUGCAUUGGACCGCGUGGUUUGUCAAGUCUUUUAUUAUGCUAAGUAUAUCGGCUGUACUUAUAGCGCUGCUUAUCAUAAUUCCCUGGAAGGAUAACGUUGCAGUGCUGACGCAUUGCGACUUUACAGUGCUGGUCUUCUUCUUUCUCAUCUAUAUAGUGGCCAGCAUUAGCUUCUGCUUUAUGAUGGCCACGUUCUUCUCCAAGGCGAGCACAGCGGCAGCGGUGACAGCUAUAGUGUGGUUUAUUACCUAUGUGCCCUAUAUGUUUACCAUUAAUGUCUAUGACGAGCUGUCGCUGGCGACGAAGCUCAUGUGGAGCAUUCUAUCGAACACUGCCAUGGGCUUUGGCUUUAAGCUUAUACUCGACUUUGAGGGCACUGGCGAGGGCUUUCAUUGGAACAAUUUAUUUACGCCCGUCAACAUCGAUGAUACGCUAUGCAUUGGCUACUUACUGCUAAUGAUGCUGCUGUCCGCCGCUAUCUAUUUGCUUAUUUGUCUAUAUGUGGAGCAAAUAUUUCCGGGUGACUUUGGUGUGCCACGCGUGUGGUAUUUUCCAUUUACGCGCAGCUUUUGGUGCAGCUUGAAACGCAAGCGCAUAAGUUUACAUGCGGCCAAUGAGCCGCUGCAGAAACUUGAUCGCUAUGCGUUCGAGGCCGAUCCGGAUGAUCGCAAUAUUGGACUGGAAAUGCGCAAUCUAAAGAAAAGAUUUGGCAACAAGACUGCCGUGAAGGGCUUGUCCAUAAAUAUGUACGAGGAUGAGAUUACAGUGCUGCUGGGACACAAUGGUGCGGGCAAAACCACAACCAUAUCCAUGCUCACAGGCAUGAUACCGCCCAGCAGCGGCACUGCCAUCAUCAAUGGCUGCGACAUACGCAGCAACAUUGAGGGCGCGCGUCUGUCCAUGGGCAUUUGUCCGCAGCACAAUGUGCUAUUCGAGGAUAUGAGUGUGUCCAAUCAUUUGCGUUUCUUUUGCAAAAUGAAGGGUUUGAAGGGUGCAGCAGUUAGAGAGGAGACGGACAAGUAUCUGCGGCUUAUAGGGCUGGAGCGCAAGGCGCAUGUUAUGUCAGCCAAGUUAUCGGGCGGCAUGCAGCGCAAGCUUUCAGUUUGUUGUGCGCUCUGUGGCAACACCAAGGUGGUGCUAUGCGAUGAGCCCAGCUCGGGAAUGGAUCCUUUAUCCAGAAGACAGCUGUGGGAUUUGCUGCAGCAGGAGAAAACUGGACGCACUGUGCUGCUGACUACGCAUUUUAUGGAUGAGGCGGAUGUGCUGGGCGAUCGCAUUGCCAUAAUGGGGCAUGGUGAGCUCAAAUGCUAUGGCACUUCAUUCUUUUUGAAGAAGCAAUAUGGCAGUGGCUAUAUAUUGGUUUGCGUUAAGCGUGAGAGCUGCGAGCCCGCGCAGGUAACAGCGCUGCUCAAUGUUUAUAUACCCGAUCUGCAGAUUUUUAGUGAUAUUGGCGCUGAGCUAACCUACAAGCUGCCCGAUAGCUACUCGGCGCAGUUUGAAAGCAUGUUCAGUGAGCUGGAGCGACGCGCCGAGCAGCUGCAGCUGGAGGGCUAUGGUGUGGGCAUAACGCCGCUGGAGGAGGUUUUUCUCAAAGUGGGCGCCGAGUAUGCAACCGAGGAAGUGCAGCAAAGAAAAAAAGGCAAAAAGCGUGCAAGCAGCAGCGCUGAUGAUGAGCAGCAGCAGCAGCAGUUGAAUCAAUCUGAUGACUUUUUGAAAAAUCAACGCUUGCUCAUGGGCAUGUCGCUGCUGCUGAAUCAAUGGCGCGCAAUGCUGCUAAAGAAAAUUUUGUACAGCUGGCGCAGCAAAUUUCUGUUCAUAUGUCAAAACUUUUUGCCCAUUUUCUUUGUCACCAUCACCGUGUUGAUCGCACGCACGCGUGGCACAUUUCGUGAGCAGCCGGCCAUGAAAAUCAGUUUGCGACAAUAUGAAAAGGCAGUAACUGUGCUGGAGCGCUAUAGCAAUAUAACUGGCGAUACGCGCAGCGUGGCCAUGGCGGAUCAAUAUGCAGCAGUUGCGUCCUCAUAUGGCGGCGCCUAUCGCUUUGUGGAAACCGAUGAUCAGGACUUUGAGCAGUACAUACUGCAGCUGGGCAAGAGCAUACAAGUGCGCAUUAAUUCGCGUUAUUUAGCUGCGGCCAGCAUAGGGGAUAAUGCUAUCAUCGCCUGGCUGAACAAUCAGCCGCUGCAUACGGCGCCGCUGACGGUUAAUCUAGUGCACAAUGCUAUGGCGCGUGCGCUGCUGGGCGAGGAUGCGCACAUUGGCGUCACCAAUUGGCCGCUGCCGUAUAGCGCGGACACAAUGCUCACGCAGCUGAAUACGGGCAACAAUCUGGGCACGCAGCUGGGCACCAAUCUCUGCUUCUGCAUGUGCCUGGUCAGCUCUUUCUAUAUCAUCUUUUUGAUCAAGGAGCGCGAGUCGCGUGCCAAGCUGCUGCAGUUUGUGGGCGGCGUGCGCGUCAUGACAUUUUGGUUGUCCCAAUUCGUUUGGGACUUUCUUACGCUCACAUUUACUUCGCUCGUUGUCAUCAUUACCAUUGUUUGCUUUCAGGAGAAGGGCUUCACCACUAGCUCUGAGCUGGGACGCUACUUUCUGAUAUUGCUGCUCUUCAAUUGGGCUGUGCUGCCGCUAACCUAUUUGGCUGCGCUGUGCUUCAAGGAGCCGGCGACGGGUUUUUCGCGUCUGGCCAUCUUCAAUAUAUUUGUGGGCAUGGCCAUGUUCAUUGUCGUCAUCAUUAUGUCGUUUGAAGCGUUUGAUACUUCGGAUAUUGCUGAUAUCAUUAGCUGGAUAUUUCGCGUAUCGCCGCAUUUCUCGCUGGCCAUGGCUUUGAACAAGGCCUACACCAAUAUUGGUAAACUCAAUGCCUGCGACAAAGUCAGCGCGCUGCCUCAAAUUCUCAUCUGCGAACUCAUGCCCAAGUGCUGCAUUCUGCGCUCAUUCUUUGACUGGAAGUAUCCGGGCAUAUUGCCGGAAACUGUCUAUUUGAUCGGAGUCGGUAUAUUGGGUUUCCUUUUGCUUAUAAUGCACGAAUAUCGAUUGUUCAGUCGCCUUAACUAUAUCCUCCACAAACGGCCCAUCAAACCACCGCCUACACUACGAGCAAACUACUUUGACUCCGAUGUGAAUGCUGAGCGUGAAUUUAUUUUGAAAAUGAGCCCCGCUGAGCUGCAGGAAAAGAAUUUGGUGCUGGAUCGCGUAUCGAAGUACUAUGGACACUUUCAUGCCGUCAAUCAGGUGUCGCUCUGUGUGCGCAGCGCCGAGUGCUUUGGACUGCUGGGCGUCAAUGGAGCAGGCAAGACCACAACCUUCAAGAUGAUGACAGGCGAUGAGCGCAUUAGCUCCGGCACUGCCUAUGUGCAGGGCUUGAAUCUAAAGUCGGAUAUGAAUACAGUUUACAAGCGAAUUGGCUACUGUCCGCAGUUCGAUGCGCUGAUUGAUGAUUUGACUGGGCGCGAAGUGCUGCGCAUAUUUUGUUUGCUACGUGGUGUGCAGAGCAAGCGCGUCAAGCCGCUGUCAGAGGAUUUGGCCAGAUCGUUUGGCUUUAUGCGGCAUCUGGACAAGCCCACAAAAACUUACAGUGGCGGCAAUAAGCGCAAGCUGAGCACAGCUAUUGCCAUACUUGGCUCCCCAUCGGUUGUUUACUUGGAUGAGCCCACCACGGGCAUGGAUCCGGGUGCGCGACGCCAGCUGUGGAGCAUGGUGUGUCGCAUACGCGAUGCGGGCAAGAGCAUUGUGCUCACCUCGCACAGCAUGGAGGAGUGCGAGGCGCUCUGCACGCGUCUGGCCAUUAUGGUGAAUGGUGAAUUCAAGUGCAUUGGCUCGACGCAGCAUCUGAAGAAUAAGUUCUCCAAGGGUCUCAUACUUAAGAUUAAAGUGCGACGCCGCUCAUUGUUUUAUGCAAGAAGCACUAGCGCAAGUUUGGCGCAAGGCGCAAGUUACGUGCCCGAGCACAAGCCAGCGCUGGAGCUUGUGGAGUAUGGAGAGAACAACAAGAGCACGCAGACUAAGCAGAGCUAUCUAACUAAGCUGGCAAAGCAUCGCGCGCAGCAGCGCGCACAACAACAAACGGAAGCUGCAAGAAUCGCAUCGGUUUUGAUUUACUCACAGCAACAGUCCAUCGAGGAUGUUAAGCAGUUUGUUAAGGAUAAAUUUCCAGCCUCAGUAUUGCAAGAGCAAUAUCAGGGUAUGUUAACAUUUUAUAUACCACUGACUGGCAUUAAGUGGUCGAAGAUUUUUGGAUUCAUGGAGCGCAAUCGCGAUGAGCUGAAUGUUGAGGACUAUGCCAUAAGCCAAACGACGCUAGAGGAAAUCUUUUUAGACUUUGCCAAGUAUCAGCGCGAGGAUACGCGCGACACGGGCGGCAAACGUUGUUGCAGCUGUUGCUGCAAGUGUUGAGCUCUGGCAAUUUAUUAAUCACUUUUGUAUUUUAUAUAUAGCGAUAUAUAAUAAAUGAACUAAACAAUUUAAA